GUAAAAAAAAAAAAAAGGACGGGAAGGAAGGGUUAGAAUCAUGCCCCCUCAAACUUCCAAACAAACAAAAGAGAAGCCUGAAGAUCAGCAAACGAAGAGGUUGCUGAGAAAUCCAGAGCAGACGAAAUGAAGAGCAUCUGGAAACCCUAUUCCAUGAACACCUUGCGUUUGUUAAGUCGUUUGAGUCGGUCGCCGGCAGCCUUCAAUUACAGCACUUGCCGCGCGAUAGUAUCUACUACGCCUGCUUUACUUCCCAAGCAAUCCGCCCUUCUCUUCUCCAAUCAUCCUCUCUCUGGCGCUUCUUCUCCUCGACUGCCCUCUCACUUCUUCUCCAUCCGCUGUUUUCGUAACACACGCGAUUCUACCCUCAGAAGUUAUGAGAUUACUCCUCCUGUGAAUUGGGGAAUACGGAUUGUGCCUGAGAAGAAGGCCUUUGUCAUUGAGCGAUUUGGCAAGUACGUGAAGACUCUUCCGUCAGGAAUCCAUUUUUUAAUUCCGUUCGUCGACCGGAUUGCUUACGUCCAUUCCCUCAAGGAAGAGGCCAUUCAUAUUCCUGACCAAUCUGCUAUCACCAAGGAUAAUGUCAACAUCUUAAUUGAUGGGGUACUUUAUGUGAAGAUUGUGGAUCCUAAGCUGGCUUCUUAUGGUGUAGAGAAUCCCAUUUAUGCAGUCAUUCAGCUUGCCCAAACGACAAUGCGAAGUGAACUUGGUAAGAUUACUCUUGACAAGACCUUUGAGGAAAGGGACACGCUUAAUGAAAAGAUUGUGGAGGCCAUUAAUGUCGCUGCAAAAAGUUGGGGCCUGGAGUGUCUUCGAUAUGAAAUAAGGGACAUAUCUCCUCCUCGUGGUGUUAGAGUAGCCAUGGAAAUGCAAGCUGAAGCAGAACGUAAAAAGAGAGCUCAAAUUCUUGAGUCAGAAGGAGAAAGACAGGCCAACAUAAACAUAGCUGAUGGCAGGAAGAGUGCGGUGAUUUUAGCAUCAGAAGCUGCAAAGAUGGACCAAGUUAACAGAGCCCUAGGUGAGGCUGAAGCCAUCCUUGCUAAAGCAAGAGCAACAGCUGAAGGUCUUGCCCUUGUGUCGCAAGCACUAAAAGAAAAUGGAGGACUAGAGGCAGCAAGUUUGAGGAUCGCAGAGCAAUAUAUUGAUGCCUUUAGUAACAUAGCCAAGGAGGGUACAACAAUGCUGCUUCCUAGCUCUGCAUCUAAUCCUGCAAACAUGAUGGCUCAAGCUCUAACCAUGUACAAAAGUUUGGUUGCUAACGUUUCUAAUGAUAAGCCUGAGGGGCCCAUCUCCCCUGCAAUAGCAGGACAGAUAGAGGGAGAUGAUCCGUCUAGCAAGGCGAAAGAUGAUAGCUCAACUGUCAAUUCUGUAAGUGCUGAUACUGCCGUUUAUCAGGACAAACCAGGGUUCUCUCUCCAAAGCCCCAAAAAUAGGGACUAAUCUUUGAUUUGAAUAUUUUCCAUUUCUUUGGUCUCGAGUAUGUUGUUUGGUCUCGAGCAUGUUACCACUUACCAUGAAAAUUUUGACUGGGGAGAGGCAAGUAUGAGAAUUUCGUUGGACUUGAUUUUA